UUUGUUCUCAUUUCUCUUUUUUUGCUGCCAGCUCUCUAGCUUAUGUAAAAGAUGAGGGCCAAAAGCAGGGUAGACGACCAUUUGGCCGACAUCAAGGAAGAGCCUUCAGAGGAAAAGCAGCACAGGCCUUACAGGACACGCUCAUCUACGGCAAGAUUCGCUACCAAACGGCAGCAAAGCCACAGUGUGUGUGAUGACGUCUUGCCACACUUGAAAGAGGAACUUCAAGAAGAGACAUUCAAAGCUAUCUCGAGCAAAACAAUACAAAGUUCAUCCAAAGCAAAAUCCCCUGAGGAAUCUAAGCGCAUCAACACUGUAAGUGACAAGAUCUUGCCAAAUGUGAAUGGGGAAGCUGCUGGUAAUAAAUGCAAAAGAAUUUGCAGAAGAAAUGCGUCCGCUGCAAAAUCAUCCAAAGAACAUAAACAAGAAAGUCAUGAUGACGUGACAAUGGUGCAGGUUAAGGAGGAAUCUGUCGAGGAAAAGAUCGGACCUUGCAGUGUUGAGACAGCUGAGGAACAAUCAUCACGGUCAUCUAUGGCAAGAUCCACUACCAAAAGGCAGCAAAGCGACAGUGCGGGUGAUGACGUCUUGCCACACUUGAAAGAGGAACUUCAAAAAGUCUCCCCAAAGACAACACAUUUGCCAAAAGCAAAAUCCCUGAAAAAGCACAAGCAAGUGAGUAAUGCAAGCGAUGACCCCUUGUCAAGCGUGAACGGGGAAGCUGCUGGUAAUAAAUACAGAAUUUGCCCUGGCAGAAGAAAUGCAUCAGCUGCAAAAUCUGCAAAAGAACGUAAGCAAGUGAGGUGUGAGGAAAAGAUUGGACCUUGCAGUGUGGAGACAGCUGGGACACAAUCUUCAUCAUCACCACCUAAAAAACAUACAGACGUCCACAACCAGCAGUCCUAUGACUGUUCAGAAUGUGGGGAAAGCUUCUCUUCGGAAUUGCAGGUAGUUUACCACCAGAGACGAGUCAACUGCUCUGUGUGUGGGAAAGUAUUUUCCAGCCAGUCCUCGUUGGACAACCACAUGAGACUCCACACUGGAGAAAAGCCUUUCAAGUGCCGAAAGUGUGGAAAGAGCUUCGCCUCAAAGCCCACACUAAGUUCGCACUUGAAAACCCAUUCUAACAAGAAGCCGUUUGUUUGUACAAUAUGUGGGAAAAGCUUUCUUGUCCUUUCUAGUCUUAAAGUUCACCUUAAAUGCAUGCAUGGUGGAGAGAAACAAUACAGCUGUGCAGAGUGUGGAUCUACAUUCUUGAGACCUCGAGAUCUGAAAAUUCACUAUCGGAUUCACUCAGGAGAGAGGCCUUAUUCCUGUAAACAAUGUGGCAAGUCGUUUGCUCAGAGUUCUCACCUGAAAACGCACAUGAGAUGUCACACAGGAGAAAAACCAUACCAUUGUACUAAUUGUGGGAAAGGCUUUAGUCAGUCCAGCCAUCUGAAGGUUCAUACUCUGACCCACACAGGGAAGAAACCUUAUGUGUGUUUGCAAUGUGGGAAGACAUUUCUUGUGUCUGGUAAUCUCAAGUCUCACAUGAGAGUUCACACUGGAGAGAAGCCUUAUCCUUGUUCAGAAUGUGGGAGACUUUUUUCCCAAUUGACUGCAAGGAAAACUCACUACAUUCGAAUGGACACUGAAGCAAAACCUCAUGUGUGUUUGCACUGUGGAAAAUCCUUCAGUCUGACGAGUGAGGUAAAGAUUCACAUGAGAAUGCACACUGGACAGAAGCCCUAUCCCUGUGCUGGAUGUGAGAGAUCUUUUGCCCGGGUGACUACAAUGAAAAAGCACUACAACCGCAGGCACACUGAAAAACCUCACUCCUAUCCUUAUCCAGGAUGUGAGAAACGUUUUGCCUACAGGGGUGCAAUGAAAAAGCACUAUAACCGUAUGCACUCUGGAGAAAAACCUCAUGUGUGUUCGCGCUGUGGGAAAUCCUUCAGUGUGACGUGUGAUCUAAACCGUCACCUGAGAGUUCACACCAGAGAGUCCUAUCCUUGUCCACGAUGUGAGAGGUGUUUUGCCUAUAAGGCCGCGAUGAACAACCACUACAACCGUGAGCACACUGAUACAAAACCCAAACGAAGGUGAUGCAUGGUCAGAUGACCACUACUGUGGGAACAGCCAGCAGCUGACGUUGAAGAUGCGGAA